AUGGGUGGCGCCGCAGAAAAGGCCCGCUUCUACCUCGAGCGAGCAGCUCCCGAGCUCCGCGAGUUUGAAGAAAAAGAGAUCUUCACCAAGGAAAUCCGCUCCCUCGUCGUCAAACGCUCCGACUACGAGCACCUCAUCCUCUCCCCUGGUACCAAACCAACCGACUUCCUCUCCUACAUCUCCUGGGAAACCUCCCUCGACCGCCUCCGCGCCAAACGCUGCGCCCGCCUCAAAAUCCGCAACUCCUCCUCCCACGCCUCCCAGGCACGCACCUUCAACAUUUUCGAGCGCGCCGUCAACAAGCACCCGGGCUCCCUGCAGCUCUGGUUCGCCUACCUCGACUUCGCCGCCAGCGUCAAGGCCACAAAACGAUGGAACCGCAUCGCUACCCGUGCCAUCCGCCUUCACCCGUCCGAGUCAUCUCUUUGGGCUCUGGCUGGCCGUAGAGCCGCUAAGGCGGGGGAUAUGGAAAAAGCCCGGGCGCAUUACUUGAGAGGGUGCCGGUUUUGCACCACGGAGCCAGACCUUUGGGUGGAGUACGCCAGGUGUGAGAUGGAGUGGCUGCAGAAGAUUGAGGCGAAGAAGGCUGGGAAGGGGGUUAGAAAGGGGGUUAAUCCUGUCGAGGCGAUCAAGGACACGGAAACGCUGCAAGAGGGGGAUGUUAUCGAAUUUGACGAGGAGGAUAGCGAGGAUGAGGACAUGGACGGCGAGUUGAUGCUUCCUGAUCCGGAUGCCGAGGGUGCGGAUGGGAAGCCAAAGAAGAAGAAGGUCAUGACAGAGGAGGAGACCAGGAAGAUUGAGCAGAGCCCUGCGCUGAGUGGAGCGAUACCAAUGGCCAUCUUCGACAUAGCACGGAAGCAACAGUUCUUCGGGGCGAGGGCGGCCGAGAUGUUUUUCGACAUGUUUGCGCAGUUUGGCGGGGUGUCAUCGCAGGAGAGGAUUGUGGGGCAUGUGCUGGGUGCGAUGCAGGAGCUGUAUCCUGGCCAUGCUUGCACUGUCAGCUGCUGGAUUAGACAGCCGGUUGUGGGUGUGAACGCGUUGAGUGUGGAGUUCCCCAAGGCGCUCAGGGAAGUGCUGGCGAGGCUGAAGAAGGGUCUGGAAGAGACAAACGACAAGAAGGCAUUGGUAGAAAAGAUGGUGAGCUGGUUCGACGGGGUUUUGGCCGUCGACGGAUUGGACGAGGGGAUUAAGAUGGUGUUGCAGCACACAAAGGGGUCGUUGGAACAGCAGGUUGCGAAUUGA